AAAGCGCCUUGCAACGACGUCUCGAACCUGACCAUCUGGGCGCAACAACAGCUCAAUUUCCCUCAUAUUUUGCCGAAAUUACAUCAACAUUGUCAUCAAAACGGUAGGCGCGUCGAUCACCGAUGGAAGCGCUCAGCUCCCAAUCCGGUAAUCCGUCCCUGCUCCAACCCGCGUACAAUUUCUGACAACGUUCUGAGUUCUGACUCCAUCCCGAUAUUCCUCCAAAAAACAUGUCCUCCGACAUUAAUAACAAUAACACAGCCGACCCCGACACUGGGCCUGCAAUCUACGUCGAGAAUCUCACUUUCACGCACUCGCCUGGUGCAGAACCCGCUCUUUCAAACCUCAACCUCUCUCUGCCACGCGGUUCACGCACGCUCCUCAUCGGUGCGAACGGUGCAGGCAAGUCAACGCUCCUCCAACUCCUCGCAGGUAAACGCCUCCUACCCAAAUCAAGCAUCGUACGCGUACUCGGCGCAGACGUCUUUACGCGUACAUCAGCGCGAAUCACGUUCCUCGGCACCGAAUGGGCCUCGAACCCCGUCGUACGCGGUGAUAUUGCUGUGUCGCAUUUCCUCGAUAGCGUUGGUGGUUAUCGGCACGCUGAACGUAGAGAUCGACUGCUUGAUUUAUUGGAUGUGGAUUUGGAUUGGCAUAUGCAUAUGAUAUCGGAUGGUGAACGACGGAGAGUGCAGCUUGUUAUGGGUCUUAUGGCUCCUUGGGACGUCUUGUUACUGGAUGAAGUCACUGUUGAUUUGGACGUACUUGUACGUGAUGAGCUCCUUACGUUCCUUAAGAAAGAGAGCGAGUCGCGCGGAGCAACUAUCCUCUAUGCAACGCAUAUUUUCGACGGACUCAACGCCUUCCCCACAAGCAUCAUACACAUGCGUCUCGGCGAGAUAGUCGGCGAACCUCUACCCUGGCCUUCACCAUCUCGUCUUAUCGAGCUCGUAGCACUACCUACCACCAUCGAUAGCGAAUUCACUCGUUCAGGCUCAACACUCCACAUGACUGCCCUCCAAUGGCUCAAAGGAGACCGUGAACAUAGACGAGAACUCGAGCGAAAUGGUCGCAAGAUGCGUGGAGCGAGACGCGCGGUGAAUGGUUCUGACUCUGUCCCCACAGAUUCCGAAACGUUUUUCCGAAAGUACGACUAUAAUAACUAGCGCGUCAUAUUGAUGAGCCGUGGAUGAGUUUCAAACGUAAGUAUCAUUGAAUGGAAUAGAUGGAAUAGAGGAAUACAAGAAACUCCCAUACGAACCAAAGGAACGUCUCAACAUACGAAUCAAAGGAAAUCAAGGAACAUCUCAACAUGUACACACUAGACACAACGAGCUCAACCUCUUUCUCAACUCUUCUAAGUUCUCUCUGUAGCAACUAGCACUACAUGGCACAACGGCCUUGUCGGAUUCCACUCCUCAGGCACAUCAUCAUCACCCAUCAUCAGUCUCUUCGUCCUCGUCUUCCUCUUCCAUUCGUCUACUUCUUCGAUCUUCGUCUUCCAUACCUUACUUUCUUCGUGCAUCUCAAACUUGAUAGAAGCAUUGUAGAUGCGGGAAUACAUGGAUUGAGGAUCUCC